UUCAAAAUAGAGGUCCAAAUUUUAAUUUCAAAAGCCCAAUUCCCAGAUUCCCCCGCCACCGCCGCAAUGUCCACCGCCCCUCACCCUUCGUCCACCAACACCACAGCCGUAGCCGCAGCCGCAGCCGCAGCCGCAAACUCAGUACAGCUGCCAGCACAAUCCCUAACCCCUUUCCCCCCUCACCAUCGCCCCUAUCCUUUCCCCCUCAGGUCUCCAUCCCAACAGCAAAAUCAACAGAUUCCUCCUCCUUCCAAACAAGACCACUCUCCUCAUUCUAUUCUCUACCCAGUCGCCUCUUCCGGCAGAGGUUUUAUUCCAAAAUCCGUUCGCCUCGAUCAGGCGGUCACCGUUGCGAGCCCCAACUUGUACUCUGCAAGAUCUCUUGUUGCUUAUCCCCCUCCUCCUACCCAUGUCCACUUCGUGCAGCAGCUCCCUCAAGUUGGUGGGGUUGGCCCGGAAGCAGUUAAAGGGAUUCCUAUUCCAGUGCACUCAAAGGUUGGUCGGUCUUCAUCUUCUGUUCCAGAAAAUAAUGGAUAUAAAAACAUGAGGGAUAGAAACAGAGACGAAAGCCUUAUCAAUAUAAGAAAUCGAAAAGUCAGAAUAACAAAUGGGACUUCUUCUCUUUAUGUACUUUGCCGCUCAUGGUUGAGAAAUGGUUUUCCUGAGGAAAGCCAGCCGCAAUAUGGAGAUAUUGCAAAAUCUCUCCCACAACCUUUACCAAUGCCAGUGACAGAUGACCUGCCAAAUGAAAGGGAAGGAGUAGAACAGGAAGAGAAGGAAGAGGAAUCCAUGGAGCAUUUAUCAGCUCAAGAGUUGUUGAAAAGGCAUAUCAAGCGUGCGAAAAAAGUCAAAGCAGGGUUGAGGGAAGAACGGUUAAAACGAAUUGCACGAUACAAAACUAGGCUUGCUCUUCUCCUUCCUCCACUUGUCGAACAGUUUCGGAAUGAUGCUGCUUCUGGUAACUGAUGCACAUGGCAUGGCAUUAUUAUUAGAAAUCAUUAAUGUUGGAGUAAUACACCUGGCAUCUAUUCCAUCUGUACAUGAUCCUGUAGCUGUUGGAGAUAGAAGGCUUAAAAAUGUUUGUGGUUGAGACAAUGGGGAAAGUUUAGCCUUGGUUAAGUGUUCACAUCACAUAAAGCCUUGGCAAGUUUCAUGGUGUCAGAUUGCAGUAAAGAAUUUACGUGUCCUGUGAAAUGAAGCUGGAAUCUAGGAAUCUGAUUAUCGUUGUUGAUAUUCUCUAGAGAUGUGAGUUGAGCAUCCAAAGUGGAUUAGCACAGCAGCCUCGGGGUGUAUUAAUUAAACUGUUCUUAAGAGCGCAGUGGUAUUAGACUAUUAGUGCUCGUUAUUAUACUCAUCCUCCUUUUUUUUUUCCCCCUUCUUUUGAUAUUUUCGGUACGUAGAAUGAGUAUGCUUAAUACCAUCAGUAAACAACAUAGUGACUGGAGUUACGCUCCCGAGUCUUCAUCGUUUGGACAUGCCUGACCCAUUUUCUUCCAUAGAUAUUGUGGUAAUAGUACGUUAAAAACACAGCUCUGCGUGCAGACCUUGUUAAGGGACAACUGAGCGGAUCAAAAACGCAUUUCU